ACUCUCACAGUGUUUUCUGUCAGUUCGUGUACAACACAGAAAGAAGGACUAGAGGCUUCCUCGGAUUUCAAUUUCACAUCAAAUUUUUCAGAAUAUCAGAGACAUUUAAUUAAAGAAAGAGGGACUCAGAAGAUGAAACCUUUUCUGGUCCUGUUAGUUCUAAUAGGACUACUGGGGACAUCAUCUGAUAACAGACAGCCGUUAGUUCAUGGCUGGAGCAGGACUGACAGCGGCUUAGUUGUUCCAGAUCCUCAGGAUUUGAACAUUACUGCCAUCAACAAUACAGUCAACAUGCUGAACUCAUUAUCUGUGGAAGCUGUGAAUAAUGGAACAGACAUCAAAAUAUUUAGGGAAGGAUCACAAAUAAUUAUCAGAAGGUACUGGUAUCCAAGUCUUGCAAUAGAAGUCUUGCAGUCACCAGCAACCACUGCAUCCACAACACCUUCACCUACACCUACAGACUUCACAACCCAGACCAUCACAAUUCUGUCAAUGACCAGCACAAAAAUGCCUGCUACUGAGUCGAGACCAGCACAAUCUUCUACUGCCCCCUCCAGUACACCUGAAGUUUCUAAAGCAACAAGCACAAUAUCACCUACUUCGGCACAGGAAACUACGGCUACAACAUCAGCUUCAAUAACAACUACAUUGACACAGAACGAUACAACAACUGUGAAAGAAUCACCUACAACUGUUCCAUUAAUUUCAGUACCAGAGAACACAACAACCGAAACACCAGCCAUAAAUACAACCAACGUAACAACCACAACAACCGAAACACCAGCCAUAAAUACAACCAACGUAACAACCACAACAACUGAAACACCAGCCAUAAAUACGACCAACUCAACAACCAAAACAACUGAAACACCAGCCAUAAAUACAACCAAUGUAACAACCACAACAACCGAAACACCAGCCAUAAAUACAACCAAUGUAACAACCACAACAACCGAAACACCAGAAAUAAAUACAACCAACGUAACAACCACAACAACCGAAACACCAGCCAUAAAUACAACCAAUGUAACAACCACAACAACCGAAACACCAGGCAUAAAUACAACCAACAUAACAACCACAACAACCGAAACACCAGCCAUAAAUGCAACCAACGUAACAACCACAACAACCGAAACACCAGCCAUAAAUACAACCAACGUAACAACCACAACAACUGAAACACCAGCCAUAAAUACAACCAACGCAAAAACAACCACAACAACCGAAACACCAGCCAUAAAUACAACCAACGUAACAACCACAACCACUGAAACACCAGCCAUAAAUACAACCAACGUAACAACCACAACAACUGAAACACCAGCCAUAAAUACAGCCAACAAAACAACCACAACAACUGAAACACCAGCCAUAAAUACAACCAAUGUAACAAUGACAACAACUGAAACACCAGCCAUAAAUACAACCAACGUAACAACCACAACAACCGAAACACCAGCCAUAAAUACAACCAAUGUAACGUUAAAUACAAGGUUAAAAAGGUAUUCUAGCCUAAAAACAAACCCUAGCCGGACAGCUCUCCCGUCUAUUCUACUUUUUUGCUCCAUGGAAAAUAAACUGGACUGA